AUGGUGGCCGAAACAAAGCUCUAUGAUGCCCUGAGCAUCAAGCCUGAUGCCUCCCAGGACGAGAUCAAGAAGGCCUAUCGCAAGGCUGCCUUGAAACAUCACCCAGACAAGAACAAAGAUGACCCCAAAUCAGCCGAGAAGUUCAAAGAGGUCUCCCAAGCCUACGAAGUCCUAUCUGACCCGGAAAAGCGCAAAGUUUACGAUCAAUUUGGCCUUGAAUACCUACUCCGCGGCGGUCCCGCCCCGUCGCCCGGCGGUGGUGCUGGUGGCCCCGGUGCUGGUGCUGGUGGCAUGCCAGGAGGAUUCAAUUUUGGCGGCACGCCUAGCGGCGGCGGCACUCGCACAUUCCACUUCUCAACUGGUACUGGCGGUGGCACCCACGGCUUCAGAUUCAGCAAUGCAGACGACAUCUUCCGAGAAUUCACAAAGGCUGGCGGCGGAGGUGGUGGUGGACUCGAUGAUGACAUCUUUUCCAUGCUUGGUGGCAUGGGAGGCGGCGGUGGUGGUAGCUUCCGCAGUCGUCCAGGCGCAGGAACAAGCUUUCCGUCUUCCAAGGCGAACCGUGCCCCUUCGCCAGAGCCGACUAUCAUCGAGAAGGACCUGCCGCUGACGCUAGAUGAGGUUUUUAAGGGAACGACCAAGACUGUGAUUGCCAAGAGCAAGUCGUUUGAUGCUAGUGGGAAGCGCACUGUUAAGGAUGUGCCGCUGGAAGCUGUCAUCAAGCCUGGCAUGCGGCCCGGUACCAAGAUCAAGUACCGAAAUAUUGGAGAUGGAGAAGAAGGUGGCCGACAGGAUAUGCACCUGAUUGUGAAAUACCUUGACCACCCAGACUUCAAGGUUGAGCGUGACAACCUUGUUACAACCGUCGACCUCAGCCUCAAGGAAGCUCUGACCGGCUGGGAGCGCAUCGUCCGUACCAUCGACGGCAAAUCCAUCCGCGUCACAAAGCCUGGUCCCACACAGCCCGGCCAUGAGGAACACUACCCAGGCUGGGGCAUGCCGAGUUACAAGAAGCCCAAUGAACGGGGUGACCUCGUCGUUCGCGUAAAGGUCACAUUCCCCAAGACUCUAAGCGCCGAGACAAAAAAGGCCCUUAAGGAUCUUCUCCCUUGA